GCCCGACCGGAAGAGGCGGGGCUCACGGAGGCCACGUGACGAAGAUGGACCCAGUGCUUUACGUGGUGGCGGCGGUGCUGCUGGCGGCCCUCCUCGUCUUCGUCAGCCGCGUCCGGGGACAGGCGCGCGCGGGGGAUGAGGAACACCGUCAGAAUGUGGCCGCAGCGGUGGCAGCCGCCGCCCGACCCCAGCCCCUCGCGGGCGAGCGGGGCGAAGGGAUGCCCAGGCACCGAAGGAACAGGCUGGUGGCCCUGCGACGCUCACAGCAAGCGGAGGAGGCAGCGGAAGAAGAAGACAAUGGAGCCGAACCAGCUGAAUUCCAAGUUUCCGGAAAGAUUGGAGCAAAGAAACAGCGGAAGUUAGAGGAGAAGCAGGCAAGGAAAGCUCAGAGAGAGGCUGAAGAGGCUGAACGGGAAGAAAGAAAGAAAGUGGAACAAAAACGGGACGAAGAACGGCGUUUGGAAGAAGAACGGCUGCGGCAGGAGGAGGAGAGGAAGGAGGAAGAGCUGAAGAAGGCCAAGGAGGAAGAGGAGAGGCAGGAGUACGAGGAAUACCUGAAGCUGAAGGAAGGCUUUGUGGUGGAAGAAGAAGGGAUGGAUGAAGCCAUGACGGAGGAGCAGUCCCGUAGUUUCGUCACAGAGCUGCUCAAUUACAUUAAGAAUGCAAAAGUGGUCCUUUUGGAAGACCUGGCUUCUCACCUGGGCCUCCGAACACAGGAUGCCAUCAACAGGGUGCAAGACCUGAUGGCAGACGGCACGCUCACAGGGGUGAUCGAUGACCGAGGCAAAUUCAUCUACAUCACACCCCAAGAGUUGACGGCCGUGGCGGAGUUCAUUCGGCGUCGAGGACGGGUCUCCAUUACAGAGCUGGCUCAAGAAAGCAACUCCCUCAUCAACCUGCAGAUGGAGGCCGGUUUCCUUAGCCAAAGCACGGGCUGAAAAGCCCCCCUACUGUUCUUGGGAGGGGACAAAUAAAGUCUUUU